AUGACUCAGAUGGCUGACACACUGGCUGCCAGACACCCACUCUCCAAUGUUAAAGUUCAGGGCCUCCAUUCUGGAUUGGGAUUGGGAGACGUCAUUGUGUGCCUGGAGACAGCUUUGGAGCAGAUCAGCAAUGAUCAGGGGGACUCAAUCUACUACUCAAGGAAGCCAGGACCUCCACCUGUGUCUAGUUUAUCCUUCUCUAUUACAGUUAUUCCUGACUCACUCCGGGUGACAUCAGAAGCCCAGACCCUAAACAAAGUGCAACACAAUUCUCUGGAACUGAAAUGUGAGAUAUCCAAGACUACUGUACAGCACAGCCACAUUUCCAUUGCCUGGUACCGGAAAAAAGCAAAUGAGCCCGCUGUAGAGGUGAUCUCCUUCAGUCGAGAUUUUGUGUUGCAUGCUGGAAGUGAGUACAGCCAGCGGCAUGCCAGUGGAGACAUCCGCCUGGAUAAAGUAGGCGAGACUCUGUCCAAGCUUACCAUCUACAACCUGCAGUCCUCUGAUGAGGGCGAGUUUUACUGUGAAGCAGCGGAGUGGAUUCAGGACCCUGAUGGGAUUUGGUAUGCAAUGACCCGCAAGCGCUCAGAGGGCACCAUGGUCUUUGUGGAAGGAACUGCCAGUGCUCACAUUAAUUUUGAUAUGGAUAUCAACGUCCGGCUAGAGACAGAGAAGCGGACCUACACAGUAGGUGAACCCGUGGAAUUCCGGUGUAUUUUGGAGGUACAGAAUGUUGCCAAGAGAUACUUCUCCAUCUCAUGGGCCUUCAACAGCUCUCUGAUUGCUAGUUUUGGGGCUAAUGCUGUACCAGUACUUAACAAUGAGUUUGCCCAGCGUGAAGCUUUGGGCCAACUGAAAGUAUCCAAAGAGAGUGACAGUGUGUAUAUUCUGAAAAUCUACCGACUCCGCCUCGAAGACAGUGGAAAGUACAACUGCCGAGUGACAGAGCGCUUGAAGACAUCAACUGGUGAAUUUAUCGAUGGAGAAAGCAAACGACCAAAGAACACACCCAUCACAGUGCUUCCCCUUAAGACCAAUAUUUCAGUGGAGGUGACCAACAAUGCCCCCAGUGUGCUAGAAGGAGAGAGCCUACGUUUUAGUUGUAAUGUGCGCACAGGGUUUAGACCUCAAAACCGUCUUUCUGUCACUUGGCAGCUGGUGGACAAACAGAACCGUCGCAGUGACAUUGUCCAGCUUGAUCGGGAUGGUACGCUUCAUCCAGGCCCUUCUUACAUUGAGCGCAGCAGCUAUGGUGGGAUCCAGAUGGAGCAAAUACGGCCUGGAUCUUUCACACUUGAAAUCUUCAACAGCCUCAAAGCGGAUGAGGGCCAUUAUGAGUGUCGCAUCACAGAGUGGACAAGGCGGCUGGAUGGGGAGUGGCAGAUGAUUGGGGAGAGGCACAAUGGCUCUGCAGUAUCCAUCAAUGCACUGGAUGCUGGUUUUGCAGUUACAGCCAUCUCCCGCACCCCUGGAGUGACCUAUAAUGAGUCAUUUGAUUUGCAAUGCAUCAUCAAACCACAUUACCCAUCUUGGGUCCCGGUAUCUGUGACAUGGCGUUUUCAACCAGCAGGCAGCACAGAAUUUCAUGAUCUGGUAACCUUUACUCGAGAUGGAGGUGUUCAGUGGGGAGAUAAGUAUAUCGGGUUCCGAACUCGAACAGCCAUUGAAAAAGCAGAGUCCAGUAACAACGUACGUCUCAGCAUCAGCAGGGCCAGUGACACAGAGGCAGGCAAAUACCAAUGUGUGGCGGAGCUGUGGCGGAAGAACUAUAACAGCAGCUGGACACGACUGGCAGACAGGACCUCAAACCUCCUGGAAAUCAGGGUUUUGCGGCCUGUGACGAAGUUGCAGGUCAGCAAAUCAAAGCGGAGUGUCACUCUUGUGGAGAACAGGCCCAUUCCCCUAAAUUGCUCUGUGAAGUCUCAGACCAGUCCAGACUCUCACUUUGCUGUUUUAUGGUACGUCCACAAGCCAGCUGACACAGACGGCAGGCUGAUCUUGAAGACCACCCAUAACUCCGUGUUUGAGUAUGGCACCUACGCCGAAGAAGAUGGGCUGAAGGGAAGGCUGCAGUUUGAGAGGUCCUUGUCUGGAGGACUCUUCAGCCUCACAGUGCAGAGGGCACAGGUCAGCGAUACGGGCAGCUAUUACUGCCAUGUGGAGGAGUGGCUUCUGAACCCCAACCACGCCUGGUAUAAGCUGGCAGAGGAGGUUUCAGGUCGGACUGAAGUCACAGUUAAGUUGCCAGAUAACCUUUUGGAGGUAAACCAGACCCUGAAGAAUCUCACAAUUCUAGAGAACGGGUGGGUGACCUUGGAGUGUCUGGUCACCAGCCGGAGCAGCCACUCUUCCCACUUGUCUGUGGAAUGGUAUGUGUGGAAACCUGGCCAUCCAGAGAAAGAGGAAAUUGUAAAGCUGAGCCGCCAAGCCACUUUCUUGUAUGGAGAACUGGCAACAGCAAAUGACCUGAAGAGUAGGCUGCGCUUGGAAAGCCCUUCUCCAGGCCUUUACCUGCUUACCAUCCAGAACAUGACCGUUCAGGACAGCGGUGUCUACAACUGCCGCGUGGAGGAGUGGUUGCAGGAUCCUACUAAUACAUGGUACAGACGGGCAGAAAGCCUCUCUGGCCUGACCACCAUUGUGGUGAAGCAACCAGAUGCCUCUUUGCAAGUGGAUACAACCACAGCCAAUCUGACAGUGCCAGAGCAGGGGCAUUUUCACUUGGAUUGCUCCAUCCUGUCAGUCUCCAGCCAAGAGUCCCACUUUGCUGUGUCAUGGGUCAUCCUGAAGACCAAAGGCAGAGACAAACGUUCCAGCCGCAACAAGGAUGGAGAAGAGAAGGUGGUCUUGUUGAGAGUAGGCCAGGAUGCUGUCUUCAGUCCAGAAGCUAGCCCCUGGCAGGGCAGGCUGCGCUUUCAGAGGCUCUCGAACACACUCUACCGAUUGACUGUAUUGCAGGCCAGUUCUACAGAUGGAGGCAAUUACUCUUGCCGUGUGGAAGAAUGGCUGCCUGACCCCAGGGGUUCAUGGUACAAACUGGAUGAAGAAGAAUCUGGCCCCAUAUCUGUUUACGUACAAGAUACAGGGUCCUCUCUGCAGUCUGUCACCUGCUCCAAUGAUGCCCUCUUCUACUUUGUGUUUUUUUAUCCUUUCCCCAUCUUUGGCAUCCUCAUCAUCACCAUCCUCUUGGUGCGGUUCAAGAGUAGGAACUCCAGCAAGAAUUCUGAAGGCAAGAACGGGGUCCCUCUGCUGUGGAUCAAAGAGCCACAUCUCAACUACUCACCCACUUGCCUGGAGCCACCUGUUCUCAGCAUCCACCCAGGGACUAUUGAUUAAAAGAGGCCUGCAGUGAGGGAAAGAGAGGUGAAAACGCACCUGGAACCCAAAGGAAGUGUGUGUGUGUGUUGUCUUUUUGUUUCAGCAUCUGUACCUUGGAUCCUGACAAAGCUCCAUGAUGACGCAUCUGUCAUCUUUUGGAACUAAAUGUCAUGAACUGCCCAGUUCUGGUUCAAUCCUGCCAGGUCUGCCAGGCAAGGACGUGAAAUCCUCUUUUCUCAUGACACUAGAGAAGCUCAAGCACUCAGAACGUGAGAGAAGACCCAGGCCAGGGCAAAGGGGAGUGGAAAGUCCGUGUGUUCACUGUAUAUACUGGAUUUCCUUCUUGUGUUCCAUGAUCAGCAGCCUGUCUUUUGGGCUUUAAUCGUGUUGCCCAAAGAUUCAUUCUUGGAUUCUGCGGAGAAUCCCCAGCGUGUUACUGUGGGGAGACUCUUUGGUGCCAGAGUGGGGCUUGUUGAGUUCGUUUGUUUGUUUGAUCAUAUGGGCUUUGUUUGCCCUCCCUGAGCCUUCAUUUGGAGAGGCCCAGAAAAUGGAACUGGCUUCUUCUAAGAAAACUGAACUGAAACUUCUUCCUGCCAAGCAACAGCAGGGUUUGUGCCAGCUCAUCCUUUUGGAGGACUGAAAACAGAUAGAGAGGGUGGCCUUGCCAUUCAUUGAGGAAAUCACUUGUGCCAGUUACAGUCCAGCAAAAACCUAAAUAUGCCACUGCUGCAACGUUCACUGGCCUCUUUGCCCACAGCACUGCUGCCUAUAGAACUACUUCUGUUUAGAAAUGCACACAAUUGCCCUUUGGUUUAAACGACACUGCCACUUCCUUGGAGAUGACAGGAACAAAAAACCUGGACUCCUGACUCUAAAGACAUUCGAAAUUGACCAAAGUAAUGAUUCAGGAAAUGGGAAAAUUGGUGAGGGCCUGGAUUUGUAAUAGCUUUGGGAUGUUGAACCACGUGACAGAGAAAGUGUGGACACACUAAACAAGUUUCAUUUCCCAUUGCACUCAUUACAGAAACAGUCUUAGCAGUGAAGGUUGGAAUUGAACAGUCUCCCUUUCCUCCCAUAUGUGCGUGUGCCAUUUUUUACUUCAGCUCUAUUUCUGCAGAUGCAGCACCCGCUUCCAUACAGCCCUGCAAAAACCACAGGUGGACUAUAAAGACAUACUAGGGCCAAAAAAACAGCUGUUCUUUCUGUGAAAGACAUGGUGUUAGCAACACUGAGGCUCACUGCCAGCAGGGUGCCUACUUUCCACCAGAGUAAGCCAGCCGAGGGAAUUAUUGUGAUAACUGGUGGACCGAGCUCUCCUUAAUGCCCCUCAGUGUAACCCUAACAACAGAGAAGCCGGGUUCCUUUGACACAGCCUUUGCUGUCUUCCUGGCAAGGCCGGCCACUACCUUUUCCACAGAAUGAAUCUGUGUGCAAGGACAUAAUGUGGUGCAGUCACCUGGAUAAAAUAGAUGCAUAUCAUGGCAGUUGUCCAUCUUGAUUUGGGUGUGGGGAGGUGUGGAAGUACGACCCAGCAACAGAGCAAGCUCUAAAGUGCAAGAAAGGAAGUUAUAUUGUCCCACAGGAACCUCUUCAUGGGGACAAUACAGUAACCCAAGGAAACUGUGGCUUGUGAAGAUCUGUGCAGAGAUCUGUGCCACCCAUACACUCUGGCAGGAGGAGGGAGAUGUGUAUGUUCAAGUUACCCCAUUUUAUUUCCCCAACCUAUAAGAUUUUUGAGAAGCAUGCCCUCUCACUAUGAGGUAGCUUUCUGUAGCAUACCAAUAAAAGCAUCCCGAACGUUCCCUGGGCUACACCUGCCUCUGCAAAUUGUUAUUCCUAGAUGACAACUUCUCAGUGUUUGGAAAGCACAUACCCUUUAUCCUCCUGCCUGUGCAGUGUAUUCAGAAAGGAGGGAUCAAAAAGCAAAUGGGAACGAAGCAAAAAACUGAGAAAGCCCCUAGCUUGUGUCUAUUGUUUUAUAAAUGUAAAAUGUCCUGUACAUAUACUGCUUCAGGGCAGGAACUAUAACUCAAUUCAGCUCUUUAAAAGGAAAUGAGUCAGCAAGAUGUUUUCCUGCCCUGGAGAACAUUGCUGUUUAUCUUUGCAUUGGAAAUCUGUUGUACUGAUCCGGCAGCAUCUCAGUGCUUGUCACUGCAUAACCAGCAAGCCUUCCUUUCCCUCCUGGAUCCUUCAUGCUACUAAAAGCUGUCCCACAGCGACCUCCAGUGACCAGCUGUUCAUUUGUGGCAGAGCAGAUGCUGGAAACACGUAAAGGCACAGAAUGAACAGGGAGGAUUGCCCCUCCAGCAGCACUGAUGGUUGCACAGGUUACUUUUGCAAAUGACUUGUUCAUCAUGCUGUCCAUCUACUGCCCAGUUUGAGACCAUGUUUCUUUUCUGUUCUUUUUUUGAUAACUCUGAUUUAACUUCCAGUAAUGAACCCAGAGGAAAAAGAACGAGCUACCUUUGCAUGAUAUGGGGAAACGGUGGGAUUUUUUUUUUUAAAAAAAAGAACUUUGUACCAUGUUGCACUAAAUGUUUUAUACAACACAUGAGAGAGCCGUAGUAAAAUGUGUUGAGAUUGUG